GUGUGUCACUCCCCUCAUCAACGUUCUCGACUUGACUGACAAUGUCGGCGCGUUUCCUCGUCAACGGAGCCAGGUCGGCGGCGCUCGCUCGACCGGCGCUUGUGAAGCCGACGAUGGCACGCAGCCUUGCGACGACCGUGGGCCGGAGCCCUAUCACGCAGACCACGACGCUGUCCAACGGUCUCACGGUCGCUACCGAGUCGCACCCAUCGGCCCAGACCGCCACUGUUGGCGCCUGGAUCGACGCUGGCUCGCGCGCCGAGACGGACAAGACCAACGGCACGGCCCACUUCCUCGAGCACAUGGCCUUCAAGGGCACGGGCAAGCGAUCGCAGCACAGCCUCGAGGUCGAAGUGGAGAACAUGGGCGCGCACCUCAACGCCUACACAUCUCGCGAGCAGACCGUCUACUACGCCAAGUCGUUCCGCAAGGACGUCGGCAAGUCUGUCGACAUCAUCUCGGACAUCCUCCAGAACUCCAAGCUGGAGAGCGGCGCGAUUGAAAGGGAAAGGGAUGUCAUUCUCCGCGAGCAGGAGGAGGUCGACAAGCAGACGGAGGAGGUCGUCUUUGACCAUCUCCACUCGAUUGCCUUCCAGGGACAAGCCCUCGGACGCACGAUCCUCGGCCCCAAGGAGAACAUCCUCUCGAUCAAGAGGGAUGACCUGGCCGCAUACAUCCAGAAGAACUACACAGCCGAUCGCAUGGUUCUUGUGGGCACCGGCGGUGUCGAGCACGACGAGCUCGUCAAGCUGGCUGAGAAGCACUUUUCGUCGCUGCCCGUCUCGUCGAACCCGAUUCCGUUGGGACAGCAGUCGUCGACGCCGACCAAGUUCGUCGGCAGCGAGGUGCGGAUCCGCGAUGACACGCAGCCGACGUGCAACCUGGCCAUGGCCGUCGAGGGUGUCAGCUGGCGCUCGCCCGACUACUUUGCCAUGCUCGUCCUCCAGAGCAUCAUGGGCAACUGGGACCGGUCGCUGGGCUCGAGCCCGCUGCUGAGCUCGCGGCUGAGCCACAUCAUCAGCUCCAACAACCUGGCCAACAGCUUCAUGCACUUUAGCACCAGCUACUCGGACACGGGCCUGUGGGGCAUCUACCUCGUGACGGAGAACCUCAACAACCUGGACGACGUCUGCCACUUUGUCCUGCGCGAGUGGCAGCGCAUGUCGACGGCGCCCACCGAGGGCGAGGUCGAGAGGGCAAAGAGCCAGCUGAAGGCCUCGCUCCUCCUCGGCCUCGAUGGAAGCACGGCCAUUGCCGAGGACAUUGGUCGCCAGCUCGUCACGGCCGGCAAGCGCUUCUCCCCCCAGGAGAUCGAGACGGCCAUCGAGGCCGUCACUCCCAACGAGAUCCAGCGUGUGGCCCAAAAGUACCUCUGGGACGCCGACCUGGCUAUUGCUGCGACGGGAAGGGUCGAGGGUCUCCUUAGCUACGACCGUAUCCGCGCCGACAUGUCGAGCAUGGUCUUCUAGAGGGACAGCCC